CCUGUAACAUCUGUACAUAUCUGUCGGCAGCAAGCUUUUGUGGAAAUACCCUAAAACAAAGUGGAAGAUGGGGCGGAUUCUUCUCAUCUUGUUCUUCAUUUCGUUUUCCUCCGGCCCCAUCCGAUGCGCCCGAGACGACGGUGACGAUGAUCGCGGCGGUUUCGUGAGAAGCCUCGACCCAAAGUUGUUGAGCUUAAAGGAAGAAAAGCUAAGCCAUUUCCGCAUCUAUUGGCACGACAUCGUGAGCGGUAACAACGCUACAUCCAUCUCUGUGGUUCCGCCCUCGAACAAAUCGACGACGGGGUUCGGAACGAUCAACGUGAUCGACGAUCCGUUGACGUUAGGGCCGGAGUUAAGCUCGAAACCGGUGGGGAAGGCACAAGGGUUCUACACACUCUCGUCACAAGAAGAGGUAGGACUAUUGAUGUCGAUGAACUUCGCUUUCACGGAAGGGAAGUACAACGGUAGCACGAUAACGGUGCUCGGGAGGAAUGCGGUUUUCAACAAGGUGAGAGAGAUGCCGGUGAUCGGAGGCAGCGGGCUGUUCCGGUUCGCCAGAGGCUAUGUUCAGGCAAGAACUCAUACAUUGAACAUGAAGACGAGGGAUGCGGUUGUGGAGUACAAUUGUUAUGUGUUGCAUUAUUGAAUCUUUUACUUUACCCAUUUCCUUUAAUU